AUUCUGCUUCUUGGAAAUUAAGAUGCAAUGGAUCAGCUCGAGCAGAGGGUCAAUGAAUUUUUUAUGAACGCAAAGAAAAACAAACCUGAAUGGAGAGAAGAACAGAUGACAUCAAUCAAAAAAGAUUAUUACAAGGCUUUGGAAGAUGCAGAUGAGAAAGUACAGCUGGCUAAUCAAAUAUAUGAUUUGGUAGAUCGUCACUUGAGAAAACUGGAUCAGGAACUUGCUAAAUUUAAAAUGGAACUUGAAGCAGACAAUGCUGGAAUCACAGAAAUAUUAGAGAGACGAUCCCUGGAGCUGGAUACACCAUCUCAGCCUGUGAAUAACCAUCACGCCCAUUCACACACUCCAGUAGAGAAAAGGAAACACAACCCAUCGUCUCACCAUGGUGCAACAGAUCAUGUUCCCGAGAAGAAGUUUAAAUCUGAAGCCCUUCUAUCUACCCUUACUUCAGAUGCCUCUAAAGAAAAUACACCAGGGUGUCGAAACAAUAAUUCAUCAUCCUCUUCAAACAAUGCAUACAAUACAAACUCUUCUCAACCAUUGGCAUCAUAUAACCUCGGCUCAUUAUCUUCAGGAUCUGGGGCCGGUGCUAUUACCAUGGCAGCAGCUCAAGCAGUGCAAGCCACAGCACAGAUGAAGGAAGGAAGAAGAACAUCCAGUUUAAAAGCCAGCUACGAAGCAUUUAAGAACAAUGAUUUUCAACUUGGAAGAGAAUUUUCAUUAUCUAGAGAUUCAACUGGGUAUUCAUCAUCAGCUCUGGCAUCUACAUUAACACAGACAUUAAGUUCAUCAAGCACAGAUUCACGAAGUGGCAGAAAAAGCAAAAACAACAACAAAUCCUCAAGUCAGCAGUCGUCAUCAUCCUCCUCUUCAUCCUCUCUGUCGUCAUGUUCUUCCUCAUCUGCACUGGCACAAGAAUUGUCCCAGCAAACAGCAGUAAUACCAGAGUCUGAUUCUAAUAGCCAGGUUGACUGGACCUAUGAUCCAAAUGAGCCACGUUACUGCAUCUGUAAUCAGGUGUCCUAUGGUGAGAUGGUUGGCUGUGAUAACCAAGAUUGUCCCAUUGAAUGGUUCCAUUAUGGAUGUGUUGGACUGACAGAAGCACCAAAAGGGAAAUGGUACUGUCCACAGUGUACAGCUGCAAUGAAGAGGAGAGGCAGCAGACAUAAAUAAAUAUCUUCAUCUGGAAAACAAAUUGCAUACUAAAAGUUUUACGGGGGACUUAUGUGGGGGGAGGAACCCCCACCACACUUCCUUGCAACCACUUAAAGAAGAGUUAACAUAGCAGUCAUAAGAUCUUGAACUAUUGGUUGGUUUUGCUGGUUGUGUUUUAACAUUGUAUGUAAGCUGUUUAUGCACAUUGAUGUGCUGCAGAUACUAUUCCAGCAAGCCUUGGAUUGUUCCAGUGGCCAACAUAUGCAGACAUUUGUACUAUCAAACCAUUUUCUCUAAGCAGUGGGCAUUCGACAAUUAUUCAGUCUUCAGAAAAUUCUGAUAAGUCAAGAUUUUAAAUGUAUGUUUUAUAUUCAACAGAUAUAUUCUGCUGCAUGUACUGUAUUCAAGAGCUGUUAUGUAACACUAUGUAUAUAAAUGGUGCAAAAAGUCAGUGCUUCUUAAAAAAAAAAAAAGACAAUGAUUUUUAAAAUGCCUUUAUAGCUUUGGUUCUUUAUGAAAAUUAAUUCAGCAGGCUGAAGAAAAUGGUUCUUGUAUACAGCGGGCUGUUGUCCUCUAGGGUACUUGAGUAUGUAAAAACAAACAAAAAGCUGUAGAAUAAAACAAACUUGUGCCAUUAGUCUAUGUUUCUGCUCCAGACAAGGUGCAGACCAUAAGAAGAAAGAAGAAGGUGUUAAAGUGAUGAUAAAUUUUUAUACCAAAUGUGUUUAUUUUUUUGUGCAAGUAAUCCUUUAAAUUUGAAUUGUAUUAGGUGUUAAAAUAAAACAACCUCAACUCCUCGA